AAAUAUUUUCUUCUGUGUGUCAAUAUAUUUUCCACACAUAUAAUUUUAAUUUUAAUUUUAUUUAUUUAUUAACAUGGGACAUACAUUUGAUGAAAACAGAUAAGAACUGAUGUGUAACCGUUAAAGCUUUUCUCCCAUAAUUCAUUGCAGAAAAUUCAAUAUUAGGCACCAAAUUUUUGUCUGGUUGUAGUGUCUUUCAUUGUUGGUUGUUGUCUCAAAAUUCUCUUAUAUAUCCUUUGGCCAUUAUCAAAAGCCAAAUUAACACACUCUUUAUACACUCUGCACUUAAUCAUCAAUCUUCUCUUCAUUCUUUCUACUGCAUAUUCAGAUUUCUCCUCAAACUUUUAAGUAGAUUUCUUAUAAGUGAGAAGAAGUUCUUUUUAUCGUGAAGCUUAACGGCGGCGCGGAGAAUGAGUCAGCCUAAAAUUAAGCGUAGAGUUGGUAUAUAUGAGGUUGGAAGGACCAUUGGUGAAGGAACAUUUGCAAAGGUGAAAUUUGCAAGGAACUCUGAGACAAAUGAGGCGGUGGCUCUCAAAAUUCUUGACAAAGAGAAAGUUCUCAAGCAUAAGAUGGCUGAGCAGAUCAAGCGGGAAAUAGCUACAAUGAAGUUAAUCAAGCAUCCGAAUGUUGUUCAACUAUAUGAGGUCAUGGGAAGCCGGACAAAAAUAUAUAUUGUUUUGGAGUUUGUGACCGGCGGCGAGCUUUUUGACAAAAUUGUAAACCAUGGACGAAUGAGCGAAAGUGAAGCGCGUAGGUAUUUCCAGCAGCUUAUAAAUGUUGUUGAUUAUUGUCAUAGCAGGGGUGUCUAUCACAGAGACUUAAAGCCAGAAAAUUUGCUAUUAGAUGAUAAAGGUAACCUUAAAGUCUCCGAUUUCGGGUUGAGUGCACUCUCCCAGCAAGUUAGGGACGACGGACUUCUCCAUACUACGUGUGGAACUCCAAAUUAUGUUGCUCCUGAGGUCCUUAAUGAUAGAGGCUAUGAUGGAGCAACUGCAGACUUGUGGUCAUGUGGAGUGAUCCUCUUUGUAUUGGUUGCAGGUUACUUGCCUUUUGAUGACCCUAAUCUUAUGGAACUAUAUAAAAAAAUCUCGGCUGCCGAGUUUACUUGUCCCCCGUGGCUUUCUUUCAGUGCGAGGAAAUUGAUAGCUCGAAUCUUGGAUCCGAAUCCCAUGACUCGUAUCUCGAUGGCAGAGAUUUUGGAUGAUGAAUGGUUUAAGAAAGAUUACAAGCCUCCGGUUUUUGAGGAGAAUGGAGAAACCAACCUCGACGACGUAGAAGCUGUCUUUAAAGAUUCUGAAGAGCACCAUGUGACAGAAAAGAAAGAAGAGCAGCCGACAUCUAUGAAUGCAUUCGAGUUGAUUUCAAUGUCCAGAGGGCUCAACCUUGAAAACUUGUUUGAUAUUGAGCAGGGAUUUAAAAGGGAAACAAGGUUCACAUCGAAAUCCCCCGCAGACGAGAUAAUCAACAAGAUUGAAGAAGCUGCUAAACCUCUUGGCUUUGAUGUGCAGAAGAAAAAUUACAAAAUGAGGCUUGCAAAUAUGAAAGCUGGAAGGAAAGGAAACCUUAAUGUUGCCACAGAGGUAUUUCAAGUAGCACCUUCCCUUCACAUGGUUGAAGUAAGGAAAGCAAAAGGAGAUACAUUGGAGUUCCAUAAGUUCUACAAAAAACUUUCAAAAUGUUUGGACGAUGUUGUUUGGAAAACAGAAGAUGAUAUGCAAAAGCAAGAAGCAAAAUGAUAUUAAUAAUAUAUUAAUUUAUUAAUAUCAUUAUCACAAGUGUAAUAUUCUUAAUGUAUGAAGUCCUACUAUUUUUUUCAUAUUUCUUUAUUCGUUAUUUCCCCAACAGAAUUCUUCUUGUAGGUUUGUUUUGGACAUUUACAUAUUAAUCAUAUAUUGUAUUAUUUUUUUGGAAAGCAUGAAGUUUAUGUAAGAAUUUUAGAAUCAAGAGUUCAUGAAACAAUAUAUGAGACAAUUUGUACUAGUAUAAUGUAUAUAUGUAUUUUAUUUUUCUAUUUGAAAA